CAGAAAGUGUGUUGAAGUGCAAGCUCACUCAAGAUCGGAGUGAAUUGUAAAMGUUUUCUCGGUAAGAUUUGGUCUUUCGCUGUUAAGGACUGCGCAUGAUAAUAAGCUUAAGCCUUAAAUGGAUUCUGUUCGAGAUGGAGAGAAAAUUGAUUCUGAAUUCAACAGCGACUCGUCCAACUUGGACGACUCAGUCAAACAGCAAACUACAAUGACAGCUCUUGGAAAGACUAAAACAUUUGUAGGCCUUGACAGAGAUGAAUGGAUUUUCAUAGGGAUUUCCUGUGUCAAUAUCACUCUGGCUAUAAUUUUCACCAUUUUAGCUAUGAAUUAUGUAAAGACCAGCUCACCAGACUUUACUUUUGCCAUAAUAGUUCUUAUAAAUGCAGCCUUUUGCAUCUUCUAUGCAGUUCAUGGAACCCUUCGCGAGAGAGAGUUUGAAGUGUAUGCAUUCAGUGCAGCUAUCGCUGUUGUGUUUGUAUAUCUUGUCAUCAAUCUAAUUGUUGAUUUGUYAUCCAAAAAAUGGACAGGAACCUACUUUUACAUCAAAGUGGCCCGAAUAGUAGCAGUUGUUCUUUUUGCCCCCAUUAAUAUUUAUUAUGGUGUUAAAGUUGCCCGUGAGUUUGGAUUUCUUGAGUUUCGUUCAGUUGGUGCUGCUGUAACUUUUCAAAAGAUGUACAGAAAAGCUGGAAUUUUUUCCUGUUUGAUUAAGUUUGACUUUCAACUAGCGCUAAGUUUAGCAGUUCUGGUCAUUUAUAAUCCACAAGAACUUUCACAGUCAGACAAGAUUAUUGUGGGUGUUGGAGUACCAUUUCAGUUUUUUUGGUCCAUUCUUGGUUGGUGCACGAUGCGGAGAGAAAAGAGAUAUCCAGCUGUUGUGUUUGCUGCUCUGUGUUUUGUUGAACCUGCAUACAUAAUUUACUGGUUUUAUAAGGUUAUUAAAAAUUGGGAUAAUCUUACAAGUGGUUCUAGAAGUACUCUUGUUUACCCAUUUGUUAUUGUAGCAAUCUUUGCACUUCUAAUCAGAGUCCUUGUGAUGAUUUCACUUAAGUUUGUUGUGGAUAACUUUGGCAAAGGCUUACGUGAGUCAGUUUACAACCUUCCUGAGUCUGAUGACCAAUCUUUAUUGGCAAGGAAGCGCAACACAGCAACAUUUUGUGGUAUUGUGUGCUGUGGACCGCUUGGCUGAAAGUCUGGAAAUUGGUAAACAACUACUUUAUUAUGCUAGUAAUUGUAUUAGGCCUUGAAAGUAUGCAUAACGUGCGGGMUGCGGUUCGCGGGUCACAAUUUGCGGGCUGCGUGUCACAAUUUGUGGGCUGCGGAUCCCAAUUUGCGGGCUGCAGGCACAAUUUGCUGGCUGCCGGUCRCAAUUUUCGGGUCAUAAUUCRUUCCAAAAAUUAUUUAACAAAAUCAAAAAAAAGACCAUUAUAUUAAACAAAAACAACAAGCAACCAAAAUACAUGAAAAACAGAUCAGACAAAAGCAAAACAAUGAGAGUAUAACAGUAAUUAAUUCUGUAUUUUAUUGAAAACUCAAAAAUGAAAAUUCGACUAGGAAAAGUGCUAUUUUCAUGAAAUAGAAUGAUUUUUUAUCGGACUGUAAAACAAUUAAUAGUAAAAUGAUAAGCAGAUUCUAACAGUUGUAUUAGAACAAAAGAAAAUAAGUCUAUUUUUUAUGGUUGAAGCAGGGUCUGAAUGGGGUUAACUGUUUACUGAGAAACAGCUAAAAUGAUAACUGUUACAUAUAACUGAGAGGUUUAUUUAGCUGAUAAUUGAUAUUAACAAGAUAACGGUUAGCUGUUUUUUUUUUUUUUUGGUUGCACAUUUUUUGCAUGUAGAUUCAGACCCUGUUGAGGGUCUAUCCUGUAAGCUUCCAGCAACUAUUUCACAGUCCGAUGAACACAACUCCAAACAAAUACCAAGGURACUAGUACUCACUGAGCAAAAACAAUCUAUUCUUAGCACUGAGUGUUGUUCCCAAAGGAAAUUAAUAUACAAAGGAAACAAUUUUCGAAUCGAUUUUUUCUAAGGGCGACUAAAUACGAAAUACAAAAACCAUCAACUUKGCGAGCAACAUUCUUUGUGUUCAAGUUUAGGUUCGAUGUUUCUCCUUUUUGAUCGCGCGCGAUCAACUUAGCACGCAACAAAAUCCUCUGUUGUGAGUUUUGUUAUUUCUAUGUGCAUGCUAUUUAAAUUUCUAUGCAAGCUCUGUGUAGAAGGCUAUUAAUUAUAAUCUAUGCUUUUCGUAUGUGUAUGCUAUUCAGUUCUUAGUUAAGCCCUAUGUACAACACUAUUCAUACUAUAUGCUAUGUCUAGAGUGGUUUUAAUAAACCCGUGAAACAAAAUGUAAUAAUUAGGGUGUAAUAGAUCGUAAUAGUCGCGUAGAGACAAUAAAAAACAAAAGAGUCAAAGUGUAAUAACGAUAAAUACGCUAGAAUGUGUUUCACGGGUUAAGGAAAACCACUCUAUGUGUAUCCUAUACAAUAUCUAUGCAAGACCUAUGUACAAGACGGCUCCAACAUGCAUAGCUUUUUAAUACUAAAGUGUAAAGUGUUCCACUUGACUAGCAAAAACAUAGCUCUGGCCUAGGAAAUAUAUAGCAUAUAAUAAUAUAUUUUACUAGCUUCAGUACACAGCAUUCAGUGACACAUAGGUUUUGCAUAUGUCUGGGAAGUGUCAAAAGUAAAUUGAGCCAGGAGAUACCAUCGUGGKAUGUCCUAACCUCGUGCGCAAAUGUUAGCCUGCAGCCCGCAAAUAUUAGCCCUCAAACCGCAAUAUUUAGCCCGCAAAACGGGCUACAAAACGCUCAUAAGAGGUUAUUAACCGAGCGCGAGGUCUGUACGGGAAAAUAUCAGACCGAGGUCUUGACAGUACGGACCUCCCGCAUACAUAAAAGACCAAGGUCUGAUAUUUUCCCGUACAGAUCGAGCAAGCGAGGUUAAUAGUAACUCAUUUAUUAUAUGACUUAUACAUSGUAGAUUAUGUAGAAGAAUUACUCAAAGUAUAUAGGAAAAGUCUCACUAGCUAACUUACAACUCGUUGCCUCCUAUGAGGCGCCAUACAGGACAAUAUUGUAUAAGAAUAAAUAUUUAAGACAAAGAAAGAUAUAUAAACUGUAAUGAUAUAUAUGGCAUUUGCAAAUAUAUAUGGCUAUUGUUAAUAUUAUACGGCUAUUUUGCAAAUACAUUCGGCUGUUCUGUUA